GUUACGUUAUCAUUCCAUGCUCGAGGAGGAGAGAAGAAGGGAAAAUGGCUGUAACAGCACUGGCUUCAGUGAGAGUGGUGAAAUCUUCAUGGGACACGCAGCGAAGCCUCACUCCCAAUCACACCCAACCCUCGUUGAACAACAAAAACCCUAGCACAGUUCGUCUUACACCCUCUCAAAACAAGCAAAUCACCCCAACAACGACCCCAACCACUCUGAAGAAGAACUUCAAUGUUUCUGAGCUUCUUGACUUGAAAAACCGUGAUUCUACUGAAGGCACUGAAUUCUCAGAUUCGUAUUUGGGUUAUGAGAGAUGGUUACCAGAUCCACCAGCGGUUAAAAAGCCUCGAUCGAUAUACAACGCAGCGUCUUUGGCAUAUAUUGGUGAUUGCAUUUAUGAGUUAUAUGCUCGCAGGCACUUCCUGUUUCCUCCCUUAAAUAUUGAGGAAUACAAUGAUCGUGUGACAGCAGUAGUACGUUGUGAAGCACAGGAUGCAUUACUCAAGAAACUUCUAAAGGAUGACUACUUAUCAGAAAAGGAAAGGGAUGUUCUUCGGUGGGGAAAAAACAUUGGUUCAGGAAAAACACGGACUACAAAGAGAGCUGGUGUAUCUGUGUAUAAUAGAGCUUCAUCAUUGGAAACACUAGUUGGCUACCUUUACCUGACUAAUGUGAAACGCUUGGAAGAAGUCAUGCAAAAGUUGGGAUUCUCAACAGGUGAUUCUGCCCAAUUAAUCCUGAAAGAAACACAGUAAGCUGAAAUGAGAAAUUUGUGGAGCCCAUUUCAAACCUGCUUCUUUGUAUCAAGUUCUCUGUAUAUCCAGCAGCACAACUCUCAACUGAGCUUCAUUUAUACAUGUUACUGGAAUUAUCUAUCUAUAUGCUUUUAUAACCAUGAAAUUUUCUGUUUGCUUAGGCUUUAUUCCCAUUAAUCUUCUUAGGCUUUAUAACCAUGCAACUGGUUCUUUUUUUUCCUACAUUAAUCCCAUGCUUCUAUCUAUCAAAUAUAAUUCCAAGUCAUGUGCUUUGCCUUGA